GCUCCAUCGACCACAAGCUUCCUCUCGCUUCGUUUCAUCAGAACCGUCACGUGUGGAGCUUCAGACUCUCCGGAGACACAUUCGGUCGGAAGGUGCCGGGGGCAGACGCCGGAGGCCCGGCAGCGGCCGGUGGUCGGGGGUCCCGCCUCGAAUGCAAGCAGUGCCCACACACAUUUCCCCAGGUUCCGGAGAGCUCAGCCCCAGCUUGUGCGACCACAGAAACCCGGUCAAACUCCCUCAGUGAGGUGGAGGAGAUGUACUUCAACAGGAUGGCGGAGGGCAAGGAUAAUGCCUUCCUGGAUUAUGAUGACUCUGCAACAGAUGCCACCAGCAGCACAGAGGAUAUUCCCUCCUUGGAACCAUCACUGCAAGGAUCAGCAUCCUUUGGAGAACUUAGACUUUCUCGCUAUCCAGUGGCUAGUAGUUCAGUUGAUAUCACCAGAACAGAGAAGGGUUCAACAUGUCUAAUGCAACUCAGUAACCUUGGGAAAAGUAAAAUGUUCCCACAACUUACAGCCUCCUGCACUUCACAAGAAGCUAUGGAAACCAAUGAUUAUUUCCUGGACCAAAAGAGUGCCGGAUGUGAUCCAACAGAUGGAGCAGAGGAGGACCAAAAUGACAAUGUGUCUGAUUCUGAGAAUGCAAUGGACAGUGAGGAUCAAGAUUCAUUCCCUUUGUUAAUCAGGUCCAUGUCCAGCUCCAGAAGACACAGUUGGGAAGGACCUUUAUCCCCUUCACUGCUUGGAGAUGCAAGGAGAAGGCUCAGUCUCGAUCUGUUGGGAAUUGACAGUGACGGUGAAGGUGACAGAGAGGACGAAGACCAGUUAGAAUCCUCACAGGACCCAUCAGUCUACGGAUUACUACAAACUCGCAUCACUGCUACAAACAGCACAGAGGACAACAGACAGGCAACUGGAAUUCAAGGGAAAAUCAGCUUAAUCUUGCCUGAGGAUGAUAUGACUGAACAGGAUUUUCAGAGAACAGAGAUGCGGCCACGAUUGGAUGCAGGAUGUUCCUAUUCCUUCAAAGGGAUUCAGAGCCGCUCUUCCCAGUCCAGAGAAACAGGAUCCAAAACUUCUCCAGAGAAUCAAGAGGAGAAAGAAAAUCUGGAGCCUGACCACUUGUUGGUUCAACAAGUGCUGCAAGAACUGAAGGCCUUUCAUGGACAGUGCAACAAUGCAGCGAGCAGUGCAAGAGCAGCGUCAGGAUCUGCACAGCUUCACCCCUCUGCCUCCCCACACGAUCUCACUUGGAUGGAAUUUCUUGCCGAAAAAGAGGAUGGUGAUAAAAAUGAUCGACCUGAAAAAGGAACAAAAGUGAAGACGUUAAGUUCCCUCAAGAACAGGAUGACUGGCUCCUUCAAGGAUAAGGGUAAGACCAAAGAGAAAGAAAAGGAAAGUCCAAAAGAAAAGAGAAAGUGUAACAAUGGCCACGAGUUAGUGCCAGGAACCUUUUCCAGCUCCACCAACUGUACAUUGUGCAAUUGUAUGCAAAUCAGAGGCCGCUCCCAGCAUCCCGCGGGGCAGGUUCCGGCGGGCGGCAGCCGAGGUUUGGGAGUUGCGUUGCCCGUUGGACCGCACCGUCCGAGCGGGGCCGAGGUCCGGACCUGCCGGCCGUCCUGGGCCCGAGGCCGCACUGCUGCAGACUGUGCUGUGAAUGUACACAAAAACUGCAGGAAUCUUCUAGCUGAAUGCAGUACUUCCAAGAGCAAGCUAAGGGAUUCCCAGCAGAAACGUACAGGAAGUCCACAGAGCACAACCCAACAAGUGUCUUCGGUGAGGGAGCAGCCACGGUGUGCACAACUGGUUGCGGAUGGCAUGCCCGGCACAGUGCGGAAUAUCGGCAUGACCAUUCCACCAAGACGACCUUCCCAACCUUCUUCAUCCAGUGCUAACAGCAUCAGCGAUCACGGAGUAACUACAGGGGAGAUGGAGCAGGAGGUGGAGAAUGGAAUCACAAGAGGUAAAACAUGGGCUGAGGAACCUCCAAGUCUGGUUUCGUCAUCUGCUGAGUCCCUUGUGGCAGAAGAUACCAUUUAUGCCUCUCUGAAGGCAGAAUUGGAGGUAGAUGGUCAAGAACUUGAGGCUGAAUCGUGGAGUCUUGCAGUGGACCAGGCAUAUGCAAAGAAACAGAGCAAAGAAGUCAUCAAGAGGCAGGAUGUGAUAUACGAACUAAUGCAGACAGAGAUGCAUCACGUCCGAACUCUGAAAAUUAUGCUCCAUGUAUACUGCCGAGGAAUGGAGGAGGAGCUUCAAUUAAGCGAUCAAUGCGUUGUGGACAGAAUCUUUCCCUGCUUGCGCCGGCUACUGGAGAUCCACAAAUGCUUCUUCUCUCGUCUGAAAGAACGACGGAAAAGUUCCUUGGAGGAAGGAAGUGAACGGAAUUACCUCAUCCAGCGAAUUGGAGAUAUCCUCACACAACAGUUUUCAGGUGAAUGUGGAGAUGAAGUGAAGGUACAGUAUGGGGACUUCUGUGGUCAGCACAAUGAGGCAGUGAAUUUUUACAAAGUAAUGUACCAGCAGAACAAGAAGUUUCAGAACCUGAUCAAGAAAUUAAGUAAUUAUUCUGUGGUGAGGCGCCUUGGAGUACAGGAGUGCAUUUUACUAGUCACUCAACGCAUUACAAAGUACCCUGUGCUAGUGGAGAGAAUUAUUCAAAAUACUGAAGCUGGUUCAGAGGAUCAUGAAGAGCUGACCAAGGCAUUGGCUCUAAUAAAGGACACCAUAACAGAGGUAGACGAGAGAGUGAGUCUGUGCGAGAAAGCUCACCGCUGGAAGGCAAUUGUGAAUAGGAUGGAUAUCAAGUCAACGGCCAAGCUCAAGAAUGGCAGCACCUUCCAUAAAUUGAACAUGUUGCGACCAAAGAGAAGACUCUUACAUGAAGGAGUAGUCUGCUGGAAGGCAGCAUCUGGGCGGCUAAAAGACAUUCUGGCUCUCCUUUUAUCAGAUGUGAUUCUGUUACUUCAAGAAAAGGACCAGAAAUAUUUGUUUGCUACUGUGGACCAGAAGCCAGCUGGCAUCUCACUGCACAAGCUGAUCGUCAGAGAAGUAGCCAAUGAAGAGAAAGGAAUGUUCCUCAUCAGUGCUUCUGAUGAGGGCCCUGAGAUGUACGAAAUCCACACCAAUUCCAAGGACGAGCGCAACACUUGGAUGGCAGUUAUUCGGGAUGCAAUAUGCAGGUACCCAAUUGAAGAGGCAACAGACCUUGGUGAGCAAGAGGAGGAAUGGCGACAGGAUGAGGGUCGAGCUGCCCGUAUCAAAGAGCUUCAACAGCAAUUGAGUGCAAAGGAUGAUAUGCUCAGACGGACCCUGACUGAGAAGUUGGAUAUUUACAGUGAAAUAGCGGAAGUCAAUGGUUACCUGGACACAGGAAGACCACGGCCGCUGCUUCGAGCUGACACUGUGGAGUCUCAGCGGGGAGAUAUUGUGUUCACUGAGGUGUUGAAGGAAGUUGAAAAGCUUCAGAGCUUUAUUGCCUCUCAGUCCAGCAACAUAAACUGGCAGUUAGAAGACAACUUGGGGUCCUCAGGGCCACCACGGCGAGCAGAGACAUUUGGAGGCUACGACAGCAGCUUGGCCAAUCCAAGCAAAGAGGGCCCAGUCAAGAGAAGGUCAAUCAUGCUGUCGUCCAGCAGUGAACUGAAGCUGAAGGAAAAAGCUGGAGCUCGGGCAAGUUCUGAUCCCCAGCUGCCGGACCUGUACACCGAGUGUGAGAGUGGACAGAUGAGCGACAUACCUCGGUGGCACAGCAGUAGUAGCAGCAGCAGUUUGUUGUGUGAUUCAGAGUUUGUUGAGAGUGUGCAGAGACUGACACAUCUGCUUUACAAGCUGAAGGUUAUGAUUGUCCAACAGGACAGUUAUAUUGAGAUGCAGCGGAGCAUGGGGGCAAGCUGGGAGCGGGACAGACAGUACCGACCUGCUUUGAGCUCCUCACGCGGGAGCCAGCUCCUGGAGCAAGAAAAACAGCGGAACUUUGAGAAACAGCGUGAAGAGCGAGCAAAUGUUCAGAAGCUGCAGAACCAGGUGCGGCAGGAGCAGCAGAAGUGGGAGCGGGAACGUGAUCGCCAGAAACGGGAGCUGGAACUCCAGGAGGCUCGGCUCCAGGAGCGUGAGGAGGAAUUGCAGAGGUUAACGGAGCAGGUAGUUCAGAACAAGGAGGAACUAGACCGACAUCGGCGGGAAUACCAGCAGGAUCUGGAGCGUCUCCGAGAGUCCCAACGAACAGUAGAGAAGGAGAGGGAGCGCCUUGAACAGCAGCAGCGCAAACAUCUGAAGCAGAACACAGUCCUGUUUUCAUCUGAAGUUGGACAGAUUCCAGGCUUCACUCACUCCCAUAGCCUUGACGGAGACAGAGUAGAAGUGAACCUCUUACCACAGGGUGAGGCAGGACUGACCCAGCAUGGCAUGAAGGACCUUGGGCAGCCAAGCACAUUGAUGGAACAUUCUGAGCGAUCUGCUGAAAUGCAGCUUCAAAGGGAGAACAGCACAGUCUCAACGUUUGCACGUACACCUGAGAUUCGACAGUCCCUUGUUCCAAAACCCAAUGUGCCCAUUCAUCUCGUCAGCACCACUAAUGAAAGUCUGAAGCACACUGGAGUACAACAGAAAAUCCCCACAAAACUCGCCAUCUCAAAAGGAGGAAAAGAGAAGGGUGGAAAAGGCAAGGACCGGCAAUCCAUUAUUGGCAUGCCCUCUUCAUCAAUGCCAUCAGCAUCAGGGUCAGUCACGGCAGACUUAAGACAAAACAACCCAGCAAGCAUUUUCACAAAAGAUAAUGGGGUACUGAGAGGCAGGAGGUCUUCAAGCCCUGUGAUAUCAAGCAGCCAAAGUCUCUCCCAUCAAGAAUCUGUGGUCCCAAUGGACAUUCAGCCUGAGCCGCAGUCAAACGCAAUGAACGCACCAAUGCCAAGUGGAAGAUCCCAGCUCCAGAGUGCACCCAUUGCCACUGUGACAAAGCAGCCGCCCAGCGGACAGGAUGAAUCUGGCAAUGAGAUCAUUUUCUUCUGAAUCAUGAGGGGCAGACAGAAAAGUGAUCACAGUCACCGGAUAACCUACAGAACUCAGGCAAAUCCCAAAAUAACUUUGGGGGUGAAGGGUGGGAAGGGAUGGAGGAACAUCAGUACUGAUCACAGGAACAACAACUGCUGGAAGCAUGCCAACGGUCUCCCAGGCUAGUGUGCUCGAAUCCUCUUCAGAAUCGAGAUGGUGCCAGAAUCCAACUGCUGAACAAAGCAUGCCAUUAUGAUUACUGGCAGCAGGUCUAUACGUUCGGAAAGGGUGUCCCAUUUUAAAAUCUGCUUUUGAUAUUUUGUGCAUGCCUUUCCACCCAUUAUCAGGAAUGUAAUUCAAUCAAGAAUUUAUCAGGAAAAGGCUGUUUAGACUUCUAAGACCCCCUCCCUGUGAGACACGUCUUGGUGCAAAUCACGUUUGGAAACUGGGGUUAUGUGAUAAGAGUGGUUUGGGAAUGGAAGCAUUGACCGACUGAGACAGCAGCUUGAACUGUUAAACUUCCACCCCUCCUGGAAAUGGUAGGGAGGGAAGCAAAGUUGGCAGUGGAUCCACUGAAAUUUCCUUAUGUCAGGAAUCUGGAGUGUCAUGUUGACAUUUAUACUUUUUAAUGAAUCUGGAUUUUUUUGAAAGUUUUUUUUUAAAUACACUCAGUAAUGAAAUGAGUAUCCUGCCAAUUUUAUUCAUUGUUUUUCAGUCUAAGCAAAAUUCAGUAGGGAAUGUGAUAGGUUUGGAUUUAAAUGAUUUCUUUCAAUGGGCAUCCCCAAAUAUUCUUUGGUAGUUAAUGCAACUAUUUUAUAAUUAUCUUUCUGCUGCAGCACUUGCAUCAUUGGUGGUGUUUUGGGGUAAGGACUCGAGUGCAGAUUCACUGUUAUAUUGGGUGCAACUAGACAGACCCAGUGGUGCUAAAGUUAGAGGAAGGGAUCCAUAUGAUUGGCUGGGGUUUUGUCCUGGACCAAAGAGAAAACUAAUGGAUCAGUUGUCAGAAAUAUUCCUCUGUAGGGAGUGGGAAGGCCAACUACACUCUGGGUCAUGCAUGGACUUGAUUGUAUUUUAAACUUGUAUUUUUAUGUUGCAGUUUUGCCAAACCACCCACAUUGUUCAAGCUAUGUGAAUGGCUAAUUUUAUUUGAGCUUUUCUCAACCCAUUUUUGGAGACUAAUACACUCAUGUGAGCCAUUCUUGGACUCUUGUAGUGAAAUCCAGAUACUGUGGACACUGGCCAGAACACCAGCUCCUGAGGAGCAGACUAUGGCCAGGUGUGACUGCAAAGACAUUCUUUUCUCAUGAGAUGGAGGUGGGGUGGAGAAAAGAACGGGUGUGUUGUCAGAAGCAGGAGAGCACAGGUCAGUCCUGCGUACCUCAGAGCUCUGAGAUCAGCAUCUUGGCUGUUGAGGCAGCAGUUAGACCCAGUUCCCUGGACUGAAAUUUGUUAUGGGUACCCACUCCCACAGGCAUUCAUUAUCCAUUAGACAUGAGUCUCUUAGCAACUGAGAGAGUGAAAAAAAUAAAGCACAAAGCAAAAUUGAUUGGAAGUGAGGGUGAGAAAAGCAUCUGCUGGUUGAGAUGACCAAACUAGUUUAAGCCCCUUGUUCUUCGGGAGGUGGUGAAGCCCAAUGCUGCUUGGGCAUUUCAAAGUUAACAAAUUAGUUAAGUCAUUUAACCCAUCAAAGGUUUCCACUAUACUGCUGGUAUCCACACACUCCUGGUAUGAAUUUGUGUUGUUCACUCUUCCAUAGCUGGGAUGUGGAAAAGUCUCGGUAGCUAUCCUGAUGGCAUUUCCCUAAAGGGCAUACUAAUUGUGUCAGCAUAGAUUGUGUGUCAGUUGACUAUUCCACUACAGAGACCAUCCUGUCCUUGGUCUGAUGUCUGCACUCUUGCAUUGUAUAACAGAGGUCACUGGGUGGCAGUGAGGAUGAGCAGGAUGUACUUUAUGCUGAAGGAAAUGAUCACGUCCUCCCUGCUGGCCUGGCUGAGACUGGCUUAUGGCAGACCUGCAGAUUAAACUGACACAUCCCCUGUCUUGGUUUGGCCCUACUGCCAUUUAAAUUGAAUUUUUGUUUGCACUGAGAUCUACUUGGGAAGAAAGCCCAGGUGAGUUUAAUUUGGCAAUGAGAGCAUCUGUGUUUGAUCCGAGCGACAAUUGAUGAAUGCAGAACAAAGUUCGAAAUCAAAAUCAAACUGGCAGAAGCUAUGCUAACUUACUGCAUGUGCUCAUGGCUGUGUAUCUUGUGCAAGUGCACAUGCAUCUUUAAUUCGUUUGCACAUAACAUUAAGUUUUAUUCCAGGGAACAGGUGCACCCUCUUUUUUCGAUUGUUAUAGACCAGUAUUCCCAACAUGUCUGGUUGUUUGCUUUCAUUGGAUGCCUUAACAUCAGACCACCCACUGAAGGGGACUGGAGCCUACACUGGUGGAGGAUCAUUUCCUCUGGGAGAAUAGUGUUUUUAAUGGCAGUGCUGGCUUGAAGAUCCCUCCAGCACUCAAUUGCUCUAUUGAUUGAAGGUACAUUCUUAAUGUGCUAUGUGAGCAAGUUGGAGUCUUACCUUAUGCAACAUUUAUGUUGCACCAAGGCAAAUGAGCAUGGGCUCACUCUUGAUGUCCAGGUUUAAAUCUCCAUGUGCAAGGAAAGAGAUUGUUGUGCUGGUGCCCAGAGUGGGUGACAUUCUGCUUGUUGUGAACUUGGUCAUGAUCUUGCAGAGGAUGCACAGUUGAUGAGGAAGUGGGAAAAGUAACAUCUCAACUUUGAGAGCAGGGAAUAAACCCCUGCUUCUGGCAUGAUUAUGCACAUCCUUUGGUUGAAGAUUACCGUGAUGGCAUUUGGUGUAUGCAGGUUAAACCAAAUUUGACCCUUCUCUCUUAUCCACUUCAACACCCAGCUAAUUGGUAAAUAAUCUAACUGUCUACAAUCAUAAUUGGGGAAUAGUUGGAGAACACAGGCAUAUCCCCUACUCUGACGUUUUUGAAUUACUGCAUUCUAAUUGGGAAAAAAAGUUUUUUUAAGCAGGUUAAAGAAACUUGAAGAUAUUGAAAGCAUUAACCACUAGAAUAUCUUACACUUGUAAUUUUUGAGCAGGUUUUUCGCCAAUUUGCACUUAAGGACAAUUUUUUUAUUUGUUUAUAGUUGAUUAAUCUGUAAAAUGUUUCAGUAGUUAAUUUUGAAGCCAUAUAGAGCACUUUAACGCACUCUAUUAAAAAGUUACUGUACUUUGGUCUGAAGUGGUGAUUGGAGACCUAACAAAACCACAAACAUUCCACUGAUAGGUGUUGUCAUAUGACUACUGGCUGGUCACAUGACUUCCCUGAAGUCCAUCUCUCUUAAUAGACCUGCAAUAUUCUUGAUUUUGCUUGAGGCUGAGGGUUUGCCCCUUAAAGUCUUUUGCCAGAAGGGACCUGAGUCUCCACUGACCGGUUGAAUAUUGCAUGAGAUUGUCUGCUUGUCACAUGGGGCAGAAUGCGAGAGGUUGGACCUUGGGGUCACUUAGAUGCAGCAAACCUUCCAAUGCUUCGAGAUGUGUUUCUGUUUGGACUCCAUUGAUCGUGUCCUUGUCUAUUGCCAAGUUUGAGUCCAUUGGAAGAGGGGAGAUUGGAGCUGGAGUUCCGAUGUUUAAUUAUUAAUGUCCUCAAAAAAGUCAAAUAGCUAUAUGGCAGACAAUAAUGCUGAUUUUAAAAUCAUUUUGUUUUUGGUUUACUGGUUUGCAUUUCCAAGUUUCAGAAUUUUUCUGAACGGAGAGGAGCAUGACGUCCUUGGAAGAUGGUCACUUUCCAUCCCUCUUAUAGCACAGCCAACACCUCAACUUGUGUAUGAUUGCAUGCUGAAAUUCAAACCUGGCUUCCCUGUAAACUUCCCAGUAUUUUUCAAUUUAAUUUUAUUUUAAAAGUUUUCAAAAAGCACCAUGAUAAAUUAGGUCUUUCAAAGCAAAAGCCUGUUCCUAGCAAAAGAUCUAACAAAAGUUAAGCUGCCACUGUGAAUUCCAGUUGAUCCCUCCCUCCACUCUUACCUCAAAGUCCGGGGCAUUCUUAAAAAGAGUUGCAUAAAUCAGGUAUUACCACUGUCAAUUAUGCGUUGAUCUCCAUCUGGCAUCCAUACGAAUUACUUCAGUGAUCUAGAGCUAAUGAAAAAUCCACCAGGGGUUUCACUCCUGGCAUGAUCUGUUGAAAAAUAAAGAGAGAGAUUCAGGCACCGAUAUCUAGCUAACACUCAAAUCCAGCCUUGCUUGCAAAUCUUUGUCCCUCAGGUAGGGUGCCAGGGUUCUAUCUGUUCCUGUGGGGUAAUUCUGAUCAGGAGGCAUGAGGGGAGAAGAAUGUCAAGAGUAUGAAGGUAACUGGUGUUUAUAGACUACAGAAUGGAGCUCAUAACAUUUGCACUUAUGCACAAGGAUCAUACAGAAUGAGUAAACAAGUCAGGUGCCAUAAAUGCCUUUGGUAAUUAACAUAAUUUAGGAUUCAACUGAGGCACUGCCCUUUCGUCCUCACUUCAGCCCAUCACCAUGCACCAGUUUUGUUACUAAAUCUCACAGAAGUAUUACUGAAUGAUGUAUGGAGUUCAGACCAUGUGCACUUCACGUGCUCUCUGCCAGUGUUGCUGCAUUGGGCUUGCUAUAUAGGGCUGUAAACAGAAGCAGCCAAACCAGCCACUGCUAAUUGCUGUCCUCUGAAAAUGUAUGUGGACUGGACUGUUUGACUUUGUGUCCACGGCCAGGUGAGCUUCCCCUGAAUCUCAGUCUUUGGCCAUUUGGGAAUAAAUUACAGGGUGGAGAAAAAGAUGAUUAUUCACUUGUGACAAAAUUAGUGCCUUUCAGAAGAUUUUCCAAGAAAACUAAGAGGUUGGGGGAAUUUGUCAAUGGAAUGGAAUCAGUGUUCCUGCCAAACCUACAGAUAAAAUGUACAUUUAGUGACUCAGGUCCCGGACUGCUGUUUAUAAUGUAAAGUUAUCUGAUUGUCUGCUUAGACUAUAGCAUUUAAUGAAAAGGGUGGAGAGAUUCUGAUCAUAUAUUAGGAUGUAUAGUUUGUAUAUAGUUCAGAACUGUCUUGUCACCCAACUGCCAGUAAAGGUGAAGCAGGUUCUUGUUAGUUUUGUUACAUGUUGUAAAAUUUAAAGGAGAAAUGAUUUGUUAAUAUUCUGUCAAAUUGUGCACCUGUUCAAUGAAUUGUAAACAAGAUUGUAGCAUGUUGAGUAAUUUGUUUUUAUGAUGGAUUAUUAUUCUAAUUGUCACAGUAAAAUGAGGACCUGUCUAGAAUGAAUCUGAUUUCAGCAAUAAAGAAAACCAUGUUUCUAUUC